UUAGAUUAGGGUUGACGUUUAGGGUUAGGGGGUUAGAUUGGGGUGUUAAGGUUAGAGUUUCCCUGGCCUGGAAGGCUCCAAUUGUCUGGCAAUUUGUAUGGUUCCCCUUCCGGGGUUUCAUCUCGACUCAAAGCUUCCCCGGGUGAAUCAUAUGGCUUUUUGCGUGGCAUUGUUGCUAAGCAACCGCCCUUAGCUUUAGCGGUUAGCCGUUUAUCUUAACUUGCUAAUGUCUGUCGGCGCCCUUAAUUUGUUCAUUUCAAUGAAUCCAUACCUUGAAACAAACAAUUCUAGGCUUUUGAUGGCGAUGUGUGGUCAGGAAGACACCAAAAUAGUUCAAAACUCUGGUAGCAAAAGCAGAGCUCUUGCCACAAACGUCCUUUCCGGUCAACAAGAAGUGGUGUUUUUGUCGAGAUGUUCAAUAUUGGUUUUCCUAGAUACAGUACCACGAGUCACUAAUUGACCACGGCCCAUGUCUCCGUCCAAUACAGACAUGGAAUUGUAGUCAAUAAAGUAUUUAAAUAUUUUAAGUUUUGAUGGGGUGCUUGUUGGUGCUGGUUGAUCAGCUCAGGAAAUCCACUGACCAAUGGCAUGUGAGUUUAGCCGUCCCAUGUGGUGCUACUCAGCCAAUCAAAUCUGUGCAAACGUUGUGACUCUAAGCAAGACAGUUGAAAGUUAAGGCGAGUGCAUAUGGACAUAUCUUUCUGACGGUAGCUAACGAUCAAAAAAAUUCAAUCAAAUGGGUGCCUUUGGGAGUGUUAACCUGGAGCCUACCACAGCAACCGACUUUUAUUUUUAAGCUAGCAUUGUGCAGUUUAAUGCAGUGUAACUGGACAGUAGGUCUGUUGCUGUUGUGGUUUUUUGUUGCUUCAUGAUUAUGAUGAAGCUAACAGUACUACAACAGCAACAUCCUAACAUAUACAGUAUAUGUCUACAGUGGUACUCGUACUACAGUACUCGUUUAUGGUGGGGGAUAGGUUCCCAAAGUAGUAGUAGUAGUAAUAGUAAAAAAAAAGUAAAAAAAAGCACAAAAAUUGCACCAAAAAAAUCUGCGAAACAGGAAGUACAUGAAAGGUUAAACGCGAUGGAGCGAGGGAACACUGUCUACAGUAUGUAUGUAUAUGUAUGUACUUUAGUACGUGAUAUGACGUUCGGACGCUUCCUGGUGUGUAGAAAUGUAUCUAACAGACGCAUUUCAACACCAAGACUUCAUUUUUGUAUUCACAAAUGACAAAUGUAAUUUAAUUAAAAAAUUUUAAAAAAUCCAUCCAUCCAUCCAUUUUCUAGACCGCUUCUCCUCAUUAGGGUCGCGGGGGCAUGCUGGAGCCUAUCCCAGCUGACUUCGGGCGACAGGCGGGGUACACUCUGGACUGGUCGCCAGCCAAUGGCAGGGCACAUAAAGACAAACACUCACAUUCAUACCUAUUGACAAUUCAGAGUCUCCAAUUAACCUCACCUGCAUGAUUUUGGAAUGUGGGAGGAAGCCGGAGUACCCGGAGAAAACCCACGCGCACACGGGGAGAACAUGCAAACUCCACACAGAAAUGCCCAGGGGAGAAUCCAACCCAGGCCUUCCCGAUCUCCAGGCUGUUACUGUGUUGGUCAACGUGCUAACCACUAGCCCUUUUUAAAAAAUCGUACAUGUGUAUUUAGUUAGUCAGCGGCUCACACAGCAGCUACAAUCUCCGAGCUAAACAAAAUUAGUGUCGUCAUGAAACAACACUGCUGUCUACAAUACCACAUUUCUCAAGCAAAAAGAAUAAUUGCACAUCACUUACAGGCACAUGGUCUCCAAGGCAGACACGUAUUGGAACGUAUUCUGCAACAAAAAGCAUACGGUGUCAUUCCGUCAUUCAAUUUGCGUGCCUAACUGCAUCACAACUCUCAACUCGGUGCACGACUGCGGCCAAUCAGGCUCGUCAUUGGGUCAGCGCUGGCUGUCAUAUGCCAGCUGAGCCACUGUGACAGCCAUUGAUCUGUUUGUGAGUGUGGAGAUUUUCCAGUGCGUGUGAGUGUUUUUCACAGUGUCGUCUCGUGUGCGCUUGUGCAUGUUUGUCACUUGGGGCUGGAUGUAGAAAUCCAGCGAAUGAGGGAAUAUUCCUGGUUGUCACGUGACUGUGUGAUGUCAGGGAAAGAGAGAGAGAAAGCGAGAGCGAGCAAGGUGUAAUUUAGCCCCACAGCUGAUGUGUGCAGUGCUCAGAGAGAAACGGAGACGACACAGUCGCUCUUCCCUGCACUCCUUGUGAAGCCAUGCACAUAUACGUCGCAUUCAUGCAUGCACUUUUCACACUUUAGCACAGUUGCACACACACAACUUCAAGGCAUCACUUUAAAGAGAGGAUGUAUUUCUUUCUUUAAGCACGUUUCUGCAAAGGACAUUUCUCCCUCCAGGAAAGGACCUCAAUGACCCUUCUUGGAUACUAAAAAGCAGAGAGGAACUACCACAACAACAGAGACAAGACGGAAUAAAAGGAGCAAAAAAGCAAAACGGCACAAGAAAAGGACAGACGACGGGAAAAUGUCCUUCUUGUCUGGCUCACAGUGGCAGCAGCCUGGCAUUAUUGUUGGUAGCAGCGGGUGCAGACAACCUUCUAGUGGGCAGCAACCUGCAAAUACCCUCUCGGUUGCCAACACCCCUGCUGUCCUGACCUCUCCUUCGCUGUCAUCCUCCAGCUUGGCCUCUACGCACCACAGCGGCUCGUAUGACCCAGCUAAGAUGGCACCUGGGGGGACGUUUGCUGCUUUCCCAGAGGCGGGAUUCAAAGUGACUUUAACUGAAGAUGAGCUGCAAUCAGGAUGUGGCAGAACAUCCCCUGUGACUGUGCCAGGAACCCUGGGUCUCAGGCCACCUAUUCUGAAGGUAGAGGAUGACGACUCAACAGGUGACAAACAAUCAGAAAGGGAGGCAGGGGUUUCACUAGGGAGUGCAGGACAAAGUCCCAGCAGCCCACUUUCUUCCUACUCAUCCACGUCGUCUUCAUUAGCCUCUCCUUCCAUUUUACCUGGGAAACCGUUUUUCAACUCCACUCUGGAACCGAAGCAUGCAUCAACCCCCAGCGUUGACCCAGACUUUCAGCAACUCAAUCCAAACUGGUCUUUUCCAAGCAGAGAUGGAGUUUUCCGUCAUCAAUCCCAAGAGGUUCCUCCAAAUCAGGCCACAGCGUUUAAGGAAGCUAAACCGUUUUACCAGUCUGUCAAGGGAACUGACAGUUCAAAGAUCGGAGAAAAUGCUGCCACAAUUCAGGGCCUGAUUGAAGAUACAAGACUCAAGUCAUCUUCAGAAGGGCAAAAUCCUGAAAGACAACAUUCUGGAACUGCUCCUACAGCAGGAAACCUAACAGGAAGUAACAUGGCCAUAUCUCCAAGGCUCUUGGAACUUCCUGCCUCAGCUGGGGACGACAGAUUGUCAGAAAAAGGAAAUUCUAAACGUAAAAAACAGGUGGGAUCAAGUGUUUCACCUAGCAGUGGGAUAACAGACCGUAAGGAUCAAAUGUCACAAGAUUCAGAUGGCGCAGAUGGUGGGUCAGUGGGAUUAGGUGUGACUGUAAACCCAGAGAGAAAAAAUAUCCAAGUCAAUGAACUGCCUCACCGAAGUGUAGUCAGACGAGCAAUGUCAGACUGUUCUCACCUGUCUGUUCCCACAUUAAACGCUGAAGUGUACCCCAACAGCUUGGGAGGCUCGUCCAGGAUAAUGCCCAACUUUGCCGCAAUGGAAACAGCAUGUCUGACCAGGGUGCCCUACCCACACGUGGCUGUCCGACGCUCGCUCACAGUCACUGAUGGCACAGAAGCCUCGAUAUUAUCAUCUCCAUUAAUGGCGCCUGUGAUGCCGUCAUCCCCACCACCUAAGAGGCAUCAUGGCAUCUGCGAAACCAACGUUUUAAUUUCGGUUCCAACCCCAGCAGUGAAAGCAGACAAGGACAAGCAGGAGAAGACGGAUCUCUUACCCGGCAAGGUGGAGAAAAUCGAUGCGUUCGACAAGACAGAGGUAGCGGAGCAGCAGAAAAAGGACAACGGCCCAGACAAGAACCUCAAGUCUGAGAAGAUUCUCAAAGAUGAAGAAAAGACGGACAAGGUGAAUGCAGAGAAGAACAACAAGGCCAGUGAGAAAGCAGAAAAGACAGACAAGCCAGAGAAGACCAACAAAGACGACAAGAAGGAAGAGGAGAAGAAGCCGGCUGACAAAAAAGACGACAAAGGAGGAAAAGGGGUGGCCAAGUCUUCAACGGGCAAUGGCAGCAGGGCCGUCCCAAGCCCGGACAGCAAGAGCAAGCCUGAGGUGGCUUCCACCAAAACAAACUCAUCCAAAUCCCGCCCAUCCACCCUCUCCACCAAUGGCGAGCCCGCCUCAGCCAAACGUCCCUCCCCAACCGCAACCCCUGCUAAUAAAAAAAGCCCCCUACCCAAGGCGAGGCCCCCAAUGGCACCCGGAUCUGCAAAGACACCAGAAAGUGGAGCAGCGGAGAAACGUGCAGCAGUGCCAAAGGCCACUCCCCAUUCCGCUGCCAAUAAGAACAGUUCCGCUGCAUCUCCUGGUAACAAAACUGCUGUGAACAAAAACAACGCGACUGAGAACAAGCCAGGAGAGGCCAAGAAACCCAAACCUACAGCUCGUCCACGUCCAGCCUCCACCACUUCUCCCACCACUCCAGCUAACACUGCCAACGGCGAAGCCGCUCCCUCCCACCGCCGUCGGGUCAUCACCAAGCCUCCCGUCCCCAAGCAAACCGCCCUGGAAAAGAAACCGGCGGUGCCCCGUGCUCCUCGAAACAUCAGGCCCAUCAACGCACCGACACCAGACCUGAAGAAUGUCCGUUCCAAGAUCGGGUCCACUGAUAACAUGAAGUACCAACCUGGUGGAGGAAAGGUUUCUUCCACACAGAACAACAAGACUUCAGAUCCCUCCAACCCUUCCACCAAGGCCAGAGUUCAGAUAGUGCACAAAAAGCUGGACUUCAGCCAUGUCACGUCUCGCUGUGGCUCCAAGGACAAUAUCAAACAUGUCCCUGGAGGUGGCAAUGUGCAGAUCCUGAACAAGAAGGUGGAUGUGAGCAAGGUCACGUCCAAAUGUGGCUCCAAGGACAACAUCAAGCACAAGCCAGGGGGCGGCGAUGUCAAGAUUGAGUCUCAUAAACUGAACAUUAAGGCAAAGUCUAAGAUUGGAUCACUGGACAACGUGGGACACGCCAAUGGACAGACUAACGGACACAAGGUAGAGGAGGAGAAGGCAGAAGAAAAGGCACCCUCACACCAGAAUAGCACUCCCAGUGCAGGACCAGGAGGGGUUGCUGUGGCAACAACAGCACCGGGAGGGGUGGCCAAGGAGAAUGGGGUUAAAGAGCCCGCGCCUACUCCUUUUGGGGGCGACGGAUUGAGGGACCCCCUUGAUAUGGACAGGCGCAUUGCUGAGAAAAAUUGAACGUCAGCAAGCCAGAGCUUGGCUGGGCUACGCCUGACCCACCAACCCUCCAGGUCACUUCCCUUCGGCCCCGCCCUCCAUCUCGCCUCCCGCAGCACCAAACCGAACGUCCGCCUCGCUGUGUUUCUCUGGGGUCCACCGCCUGCCAGCACACCAACCCGAACCUCUGAUGCCCUUGGGUUGACCUUUGGCCCACCCCCACGUAGAGAAGAGCACUCGCUGUUUGUCUGUGAAACUUCUGUCUCAUAGCAUUCCUCAUUAGCGCUGGCGUAGAGGACGUCCAAAUGUAAAAUCCCCGUCACGGUAAAGCCCGGCGUUUGGUUUAUCCUGAGCUGAACCGUGUUUCCUCACACAUACUCUACCGAGCUCCUUCUACCUUACUCACUGUUCCUCCAGCCUGACCUCCAUUCCCUUUCCACGUCCUCCACAGCAAAUCAUUUCCAGUCUGCUUUAAAUGGACACAUCCAUCCUUGCCAACAAAUAAUCUAUGGUAAUCACAGCGCAGGUAACUCUGAGCUUGUCUCGACUGUGUCCCCUAUACUUGCACGUCAUUAUAAGUAUGGUAUCGUUACGAUAUCGACAGCUCGCGGAAAGGCUGGGCUGGACGCUUGAGCGGAUUUGGAAGAAAUGUCACCAGUCGGAAAGCAUCGUCAAAAAGUGCCGCCCGCUAGCGUCGUGGCUACUUGCCAGCUCAGCAGACAGACAGCGGGUUCGCAAUAAGGACUCCGGCUGAGUUCCAUUUCUGAGCCUUUAACUUUGAAGCACUGUACAACUGAACAUGGCAGAAAUCAAGCAAGUCACUCGUAACUGACAUAAGAAACACAACAAUUUCUCUAUGGGAAUACAACAGCUCGAUGCUAAUUUACACUGACAAGCCCAUAUACGCACAAGCGAUCCGCAUGUCCUCCAAAUAUGACAAUUCAAUACACAACUUAGGCUAUGUUCACACUGCAGGUCAAUUCCGAUUUUUUUGCUCCUGUGUGACCUGUAUCUGAUUUUUGUCAUGUCCGUGUACGUGGAUAGAAAUCCGAUAUGUAUGCGAUGCGACUGCAGCAUGAAUGGUCAGGUCGCAUAUGGACAGUAUAUCCGACCCAGACUUUAAAGGUACUCACGCUCUUGUUAUCAUCCGAAAAUGAUUUUUUAAAAGUGUCAGUGAAGCAGCUCACGGUUCCUGACACACACACAAACACACACACGCACACACACACACACACACACACACACACACACACACACAUACACAGCACGUUCUCCACAAACUACCAUAGCCAAAAUUCUUUCUUCUUAAUCUGCUGUGCAGGAUCCCUAGAAUGAAACCAAAUAGUUUGGGAUUGUCGGUGUUCAGGAAUGCAGUGCUUUACAGUGCGAGGUGGGCUGUGAUGAUAUUGUUCAAACAAUGAUAAGACAUGUUCCUUUCCUGUCUGUCACUGGACGUCUCUCACAGCAACACAAACAGAAAACUAAGUUAAGCGCUAAUACUAGGUAAGAUGCAUUUAUUUCUUCUAAUUUCAUUUAGGACGUUAUGGCAAUAAAAUUUGGGAUUUAUUUGAUCGGUUGUGAUGAAGCAGUACUGCUGUAAGGACGUGAGAUGCACCUUAAUGCGCUUCUCUUUGUAUUUUUUUUAGCCUUGCUUGGAGUGUAAAUACAUGGAAGUCGAUUGGGAUUUUUUGUAGAUGCUUUUUUAAACGUUUUUGCUUAGCUUAUGCUGUAAAAGAGGACUUUGCAUCUUUAGUGUCGUUUGUUUUGUGUAGCAAGUCAUCAAAAAUGAAGAUUAAUUUCAAAACGCUUUUGCAGAACCAUUACAAAAUUACACCAAGAAAUAGUUGACCGGACUGGACAGCACAUCAUGAAUGCAGCCAUAUUUUAGCACCGCUAGUCUGCUGAUAAUACAUUAAAGGGCCCCUGACAUGAUUCAUCAACUUUGCUUAAAUAUGUUAUAUAUUUUAUGUAUUUAUGUGCUACAUUAAAUGGUAAAUUCACAAAAAUUACAUUUAUAGUUGAUGGCGCCAGCCAUGACGAACUAGCUCUCACAGCCCAGCCUCGUUUCCAGAAAGGACGUCAUCAGGGUGACACCCGUAAACAAACGCUUGUUGAGGUAGAUGGUAGACUUGGUUUGGUAUAUUUUUCAACCAAGUAGUGUUGUGUUUGCUGCUGGAUGUUUACGGUGUCUGAGUGGUGCUGUAACUUUAAGACAACAAUGGAUGAAGCAAGUACAUAGAGCGAGAGACACAUGGGCAUCCACCUCCAGUUCUGUUCUUUGCAGUGAUGAUUUCACUGAUGACCGCUAUGAAGGAACACCUUUACAAAAGCAUUUGGCUUGAAAGUACGCUAGAAACGCAUUUUGAAAAAGGAUGAUACUCCGCCGGUACACAGGGAAAAAAAACCCGGCAACAAAGAACGACCUCAAAGCUGGCACAGAGCAGAGUGAGUCAUGUCUUGUUUACUUAAUGACUUAGAAACACUAUUCCAUGAUAGCAUUUUACAUUUUAUAUACACAUCUUUUCACAUCCAUAUGUUGACUUUGGCUGCGACGGUGGCAAAAUAGACAAUAAAUCAGGCUAUAAAGACCCUUUACGCUCAUUAAAAAAGCCAAUUUAAAAGAAUAAUAGAAAGAUUAGCACCUCCAGAGUAAUUUCCACUUACCAUUCUGUGUUUUGAAGGCAACCAAUCUUCAUCGCCAUGUCUUAAGGCUUAAAUCCAUGUUCUGCAAGUUCUCUAUUUCAUCUCCAAAUGUUUCGUCUUCCUUGGAACGUAUUGUCACAUUGCUCAAAUCUUGGCUAUAAUCACUGUAAACAUCAUCUGUCUCGUACACCGACAUGUUUGUUUACCUGAGUGAUAGCACCCCAAUGGCGUCACUUUUGGAAAUGAGGCUGAACUGCAAGAGCUAGUUCGUUAUGGGUGGCAAACUAUCAUUUUUGCAAAUUUACCGUUGGCUUUCAAAAAUGGAAGGAUAUAGAACAUAAUUACAAACGUAUGUAUAUGUAACGUAUUUAAGCAAAGUUGAUGAGUCAUGUCAGGGACCCUUUGAUGGGUUUUAUACUGUCUUAUUCUUUAUUAUUGAGCAACACUCAAACUAAUGUAUGAAAGAAGAAGAAAACCCUGAAAUUUUAGGUUUAGAAUAACACUGUGAUGUACCAAUUGGCGGUUAGGGUUAGGGCGAAUGAUUGAAUGUGUUAACCAGGUUGAUCCCACCCACCUACUUACGGAAAUGCCUUUAGUUCAUCCCCUUCUAAGCAUCAUGUAUUACGUCUGCACUUAAACAGUAAAGGUUUGGUGAGGUAUUUGUAGCCGUAGUUGUCAGAUGUGUGAAGUUGCUGCAUCCAUCCCUUAGAGAGCGCUGCUUAGCCUCAGGAGCACUGAUAGUCUGGCUCGGAAACCUUUACAGCUUACUGUCACUCAUGUUAUUGUAUUUGUGUGUCUGGCAUAUGAAACACUAUCCAAAUCAUACUCGUUAUGUAAAGUUCCCCUGGCAAUGCCGGCAGUCUUGUGCACUUUGAAACGCAGUCCCGUUCCUUUCCCGAGGCACUAAAGUGAUAUAAACGUUGCUUUACCGUGUAUUGGCUGUGUACCGUACAUCUGUGCUUUUGGGAGCCGGUCUCAGUAGUUAUGAUAGUCAAGUUAUGAUAGUCAAAAAGCAAAUGUUUAAGACAACUAAAAGCACCGUGUAAUCAUAUUUGAUAUUGUACUGUACCCUCCAAAUCACAUCCAGGGACCAUACAUGUUCAUGAAUAUGAACAUGUAGUAGUCUUGGUUCAGCGUAAAGACUAUGUGACCAUAGGAUGGCUUUAUCGUGGCUACUCCCUUCUUUUGAGGAAUCUGGUGGUUUGUGGUCAAACUUGAUGGUUGGUGUUGUGGCGAGGACAACUUUUAAAAAGCAACACUGUAGUCUGCCUUCACCUGACCCCUUCGCAUUUCUAUGAAUUCCUCCUCUUCAGCAUACAGUAUGUCCAGUCAUUUUCAUAUUUAACUACCACAGAGUCAACCACCGUUUCUAGUAAGGGUUGGACUCCACCAUUUCUAGGCGCAGAGAGGGCAUUGCUGGCUGCAGGAUUGGGUCUCUGCUUUUUGAUCGGGCCAUGAUCUUCAACUCUCACUGGAUCGGUUCACAGCCGAGUGUGAAGCGGCCGGGAUGAGAAUCAGCACCUCCGAGUCUGAGUCCAUGGUUCUCGUCUGGAAAAGGGUGGAGUGUCAUCUCCGAGUGGGGGAUGUGCUCUUGCCCCAAGUGGAGGAGUUUAAGUACUUCCUGGUCUUGUUCACGAGUGAGGCAAGGAUGGAACGCGAGAUGGGCAAGCGGAUCGGUGCGGCGUCUGCAGUGAUGCGGACGAUGCAUCGGUCCGUUGUGGUGAAGAGGAAGCUGAGCCCAAAGGCAAAGCUCUCAAUUUAGCAGUGUGUCUACGUUCCUCCCCUCACCGAUGGUCAUGAGCUUUGGGUCGUGACUGAAAGGACAAGAUGGCGGGUACAAGCGGCCAAAAUGAAUAUGAGUAUGGUGGCUGGUCUCUCCCUAAUGGUAGGUGAGAAGCACUGUCAUCCAGAAGAAACUCAGAUUAGAAGCACUGUCCCUCCGCAUUCAGAGGACCCAGAUGAGGUGGCUCAGGCAUCUGGUCAGGAUGCCUCCUAGGCGCUUCCUUGGGGAGGUGUUAAGGGCACGUCCAACCAGUCAGAUGCGUUGGGGAAGACCCAGGACACGUUGGAGAUACUAUGUCCCUCAGCUGGCCUGGGAACACCUCGGGAUCCGCUGGGAAGAGCUUGACUAAAGGUCCACGGAGAGGGAGGUCUGGGCUUCUCGUUUUCGGCUGCCACCCAAAGAAGGUGGAUGGAUGGAGAGUCAACUGAAGAUUACAUCAUAGAUGGGCGAUGGAGCUGACUCCUGGUUUGAUUUCCAUUUUGUUAGCAAGCUGAUAGGCUGCUAAUGACGUUUAGUGAUAAAAAUACUUUACAAACACAGUUGGACUUACGCAGGACAUUAACUGCACUAACCGAGGUUCCACCAUAUAUACGUAAAGUAACACAUCAUUUAUAUUACAACAAACUUGGCAUACUGUGUGCUGAACCAGAAGCAAGCAAGUUUUUCCUGAAGGGUAAAGGAGUCAUUUUACAAUGAAUAUACAGACAUGGAUAAAACUGUUGGUACUCUUCUGUGAAAGAAAGAAAAACUCACAAAGGUCAAAUGGAAAAACUCGGAAAACAUACUGGAAUUUGCCAGAAUAAUAAACUGCAAAGCUCCCAGGAGACAAACCUGGAGCUUUUUGCCAAGUCAUAUCAGCUCUAUGGUUACAGACACACAAUUGUCGCAUACAUAGAAAAGAACAGCAUGGCUACUGUGAAACAUGGAGUAGACUCGGUUAUGUUCGAUAGACUGCUUUGCUGCGUCCGAUAAAGGGUGUCUUUUAGUCUGUGCAGGCUACCAGGAAAUCUCAAGAUCAAGGCAUUGUGGAGCAAAAUGUUAGAAAGCUUGUUCUCAGUUGCAGGUCAUGGGUCUUCCAACAGGAUAAUGACCCAAAACAUUGGACUAUUCUGAAGUGUUCUUCUCUGAGCCCUGAUUGAGCUCCAAUUGAAGAUCUGUGGAAAGAAACAUUAUUUCUGGAGAGGAUGCCCAUCAAGCCUGACAAAGCUGGGGCAGUUUACUCACAAGGCCUGGACCAAAAUACCUGUCGACCGGUGUAGGAGUCUCAUUCAGAGGGACAGGAAGUACUUGAUUGCAGUAAUUGCUUCAAAAUAUUGGAUUAUGAGUACCAUCGUUUUUGUCCAGGACAGUUUCAUUACCAGCCUGGAGAUCGGGAAGACCUGGGUUCGAUUCUCCCUUGGGCAUUUCUGUGUGGAGUUUGCAUGUUCUCCCCGUGUGUGCGUGUGGGUUUUCUCCGGGUACUCCGGCUUCCUCCCACAUUCCCAAAAACAUGCAGGUGAGGUUAAUUGGUGACUCUAAAUUGUCCAUAGGUAUGAAUGUGAGUGUGAAUGGUUGUUUGUCUAUAUGUGCCCUGCCAUUGGCUGGCGACCAGUCCAGGGUGUACCCCGUCUGUCGCCCGAAGUCAGCUGGGAUAGGCUCCAGCAUGCCCCCGCGACCCUAAAGAGGAUGAAGCGGUAUAGAAAAUGGAUGGAUGGACAGUUUCAUUACUUUUUUGCGUUAUUUUUUAGAGAUGCACAGUAUCUUUUUUUUGUCCAAAACAAAACUGAUAACUUUUUUAUGUUUACUUUUUGAAAAUGCAGAUUUAAGUGUAGUUUGUUCACACCUGGGGGUAAGAAGGACUGGAACAAAUUAGGAUAUGACCAACUGUACCUGUUGAUUUGUCUCCAUUUAAUGUCAUUGACAUGACAUCACUACUACCAGGAGAACCAGAGUAUAGAGGGGGAGGCGCCACCUGCUGUGGCCCAGCAAGGGGUGCUGUAUUUGGGCACACGCUAUGAGCAGCCGGUUUGACGCCACGGAGGUCUCUGGCAAAACUUUUGCACUUUUUAAACACCACAGCGCUGGCGUUUCAGGUGGCUGAUGAGUUUUUUUGUGUGCUCGAUGGCGUUUUUAUCCCCCCUCAUUGCGAAGGAUUUGGUACAACGUCCUUCCUCUUGAAGUGAAUAUUUGUGAGCUCAGGGGAAUUUAUGGCAGGCCGUUAACGUCACAGGCAAGAGGAAAAAAAGGAGUGCUUGAUUUGCUCACCUGCACAGUACGGGUACUCUCGCCUCAUUGGAGUGUUUUUUUUUUAUUAUUGGUUAUUGGAGCUAUUUUUAAUGUUAUCAGAUUUGUCGGUAUCAUUUCAUAAUUCCCUCAUAUUGGCAUGAUAAUUUGUUAGUUAAAUCGUAGUUUUUUUUCAGAUGUCUUCAGCCACAAAUUCAAAACCAAUGCCUGCAUUCCAUUUGUUAAAUUUUAGUACAUUUUUUCGGUAUGAUCAAUGAUUCUUGUGGGCUUUUCCGUCUUUGCCAUAAGGGUACCAACAAUUUCGACCACCUGCGUACUUUGGUUGAACGUCACGUUUGCACUUUUGGAAUCAAGAAUAAUCGGUGAGAGGAGGGUCAAGUUUAAUGUUGCUGCUCUGCAACUAAACGUAAUCCAUUUGAGUCCUUCUCAUGUCCAUCCAUAUCUGUGUCCAAUUAUAGCACUGGAAUUCUACCUUUCCUUCGAGAAUGUCACCAUCCCUUGUAUAUAGACACCACCACCUUUUUAUCACCCCUAAAUGAUACAAAAACAAAAAAAAUAUCUUGCGUCUCAACAGGGAUCAUGAACGAGUUCCACCUUCUGACGGUGUUCUUAUUAUUACAUCCACAGUGCAACAAAGGAAAAAGUGUACUUUUUUUCUUUCUUUUCUGCUGCAAAAUCAGACUUCUGAAGUCACAAGAAUGUUCUAAAAUGUAUUAAAGAUGUAAGCGUAAGAAUUCAUGUAUGACGUCUGUUCCUGUUACGUUCUGGAAGAUGGAUGACGUGGAGAGAAAGGCAGCAAAGUGUGUUCCCUCGGUCAGAUAUUACUACAACACUAAAGGGGUGUCACAAGAUCUCGCAAGAUUAAAACGUGACUAGAUUUCUCGUGGGCGCUAGGCCUGGGACGAUAACAAAUAAUCACCCAGUAAAUGAAAAUUCAUUGCCAUGUGCAUGUGCCUGUUUUCCUCGUAUCCCGCCUCCAAACAGGCAGGAAGACAGUUCAUUUUGUGCAUUGCUUUUAGCACCUUGCCGCGUUCGUUCCAUAGAACAACGGCAUGAACGCGGGGUGAGCCCUCUUCUCUGUCAUACAGUCUCUUUGUCUCGGUGGGUGGCCGCUAGCGUACACACAGAGCGCAGAAGAGUGUAGCCUCGUGAGGAGCAUUGCAGGUUAACGUGGUAUUUUGGAAUUCUACUUUUCUUGAAAGUAAUGUUAAAAUCUCGUCUCAUCUGUUUCUCGUAGAUCAACUCUUGUGCAUCAUCUCGUCUCCUGACACCCCUACCACAAUAUGAAAAAAGACCCGGCAAUCACAGCAGUAGCUGUUAAAAUAAGAUUCAUACGUGUCAGUGUUUUAGUCGAGGACACACACUGGCAAGCCUGUUCUUCCCCAUCAAAUAGACUAUUGUCUUGAAGCAUGUCUUUAAAAUGAACGCUGUCUUCUUGGAUCACACCUACACGAUAUUGCCAAAAGUAUCGGCACAUCUACCACCAACUUUCAUCACAUUCUUGAACCAUGGGGUGGAAUACCCUUGGCGCUGAUAACCGCUUCAUUUUUUCUGUGAAGACUUUCCACAAGGUUUAGGAAUACAGUAAUGCUGUGCUCCAACUACCAAAAUAUUUAUCAAUAAGGAAUCCAGUCUGGAACCAAUUAACCCCCAAAAAGGAGGGAUUACUGUAUUUUUCAUGGAGCACAUUAGUGAGGUCAGGCACGUCAAGGUCUGUUUUGCAAUCGUCUCAAAGUCAUCCCAAAUAUGUUCUUUUGGAUUGAGGACAGGCCAGUCAAGUUCCCCAACAACAAAGUCAGUCAUCCAGGUCUGGCUUUGUACACCAGAACACAGUCAUGUCCUUCGAGGCAAAAUUCUGAGCAUGAAAUUCCUCAAAAUUCUGUAUCUGGAGCAGGAAGAGUCACUUUCACUGCAACCUGGAACUCCUGAUGGGUUUAACGAUUUAGCAAUUAUUUAUCAAUUAUCAUGGAAGUCUCUGGAGAGGUGUCCCAGUACGUUUGGCAAUCCAGUGUGUAGAAAAAUGCUGACAUACAUGCCAACACCGAGUUGAGUGAAAGGAACCCAAGGACCAAAUUGAAUGCCGAAGCAGGGAUUUGUUUGUUUCAUGUAAAAUGUAUAUUUAUCUGGAAAGUGUUGGUCAAUAUGCACCACUUACCAAGUCUUGGCAGCAUUUCAGAGUUUGAAUACCCAUCUGUCAUAUGAAACCUAUUAUUCCAUUCAUAACAGGAAAGAAUUGCACCUAUGCUAAUCAUGGUUUACCUUGUAUUUUUUGGACUGUCCGUCCAAAAGCCAAAUAUUUCGAUGUACCAAGCUGCAAUGUGAAGAUACUCUACUUUUCAGUCCUGGAAAGUGGGCCCACUGUGUUCCUGUGUAGGGCACAACACCAGAGCAAGAGCAUGCAGAAGACUGCAAAGUAACUGCUGGUUGGUAGAGGUCUACUGGCGCCGUCCAUUCUCAAUAUUUGGUAUGAAAGCGAUGUUCUUUGUGAUUAUUUGUCAACCAGUGAUGUGAAUAUUCAUCAAAUAAACAAGGUGAACAAAAAAAUGGAAUGCCCU